GUUUGAUGCCCAGGGUCCUGUUUUUCUGAGGUAUGUCAGAACUCACCCAUUUAUCAUGUUGGUGUCUGCCUACACCUCUGAUAUGACAGAUAAAAAACCCCAAGAGAGCCAACACUACAACAGACCCUGGCAGUGGAAGAAGAUCCAGUGAAACUGCCAUUGGGCUAUUGUAGAGUUUGGAUCCAUCAGCAGCCCUUCUUCCCUUCCGUGGAAAGGACAGAAGGAAUUGGCUGACAAAUAUGGAGCAGAACUGUGUAAGCAAACAGAUAAGAGCUAUUUUCAGAAUACUGAAUUUCACAGGGAGAUUGGCAUUAUCCAGGGAAUGCUUGAGGAAACUGCUUUAACCAAGAGCCAUUCAUUCCUUCUUCCCCAGACAGAAAAGGUGUAUUUUCUACUGAAGCAACUAAUGGUGGAGAGCAAUGUUCCAGGUCCAAAAUAA